CGUUAACGGAUCCAAAUAAUAAUUCAACCACACAACAGAAAUUUCAGAAAGGACCCACCGGAAAACUCCCCCAGGCAUGGCUCCGGCGAGCGAUGCCACCGGGGCCGACGCGCCGCUCCUCCCCCCCCACCACCACCACGAGGUGGGCCGGCCGCGGAAACCAGCGUCGGUGGCGGGGGCAGUUUUCAACGUGUCGACGAGCAUAAUCGGAGCGGGGAUUAUGUCGAUUCCGGCGACUCUGAAAGUCCUGGGAGUUGUUCCGGCGUUCGUGAUGAUAGUUCUGAUAGCAGUCGUGGUGGAUGUAUCCGUGGAGUUCCUGUUGAGGUUCACUUACUCCGGCGAGUCCAGAACCUACGCCGCCCUAAUGAGGGAGUCUUUCGGCCGGCUGGGCUCCGUCGCCGUUCAGAUAUGUGUCAUGAUUACCAAUCUCGGCUGCCUCAUCAUGUACCUCAUUAUCAUCGGGGAUGUCCUUUCCGGGACAGGGCCUGAUCACUUGGGGGUUUUGCAAGAAUGGUUUGGGACCCACUGGUGGAAUUUACGAGCUGUUGCCCUCGUCUUCGUAGUUGUUUUCGUUAUGCUUCCACUUGUCCUGUUUCGUCGCGUAGAAUCGCUAUGGCUAAGUUCAGCUGUAUCGGUAUUCCUAGCAAUCGUGUUUGUCGGUAUAUGCUCUGUAAUGGCAAUCACAGCGCUCGUAAAAGGGGAGACGAGGACUCCAAGAAUCGUACCUCAAUUAGACAACGGCGUUUCGUUUUUCAACCUCUUCACAGCUAUCCCGGUUAUCGUCACAGCAUUCACAUUCCACUUCAACGUUCAUGCAAUUGGAGUCGAGCUAGGUAAACCGGAAGAAAUGAUCACCGCAGUGAAGAUCUCAUUAGUACUUUGUGCCGGCAUCUAUUUUGCGAUCGGGAUUUUCGGGUAUCUUUUGUUUGGGGAGUCUACAAUGGACGAUAUACUCGUGAACUUCGACCAGAGUACUUCUUCGUCCGGGAUAAGUUCGUUGCUGAACGACAUUGUUCGUUUGAGCUACGCGCUCCACCUCAUGCUGGUUUUCCCUCUCCUGAAUUUCUCAUUGAGGACGAACAUCGACGAGUUUCUGUUCGCGAAUAAGAAGCCGAUUUUGGCUUUGAACAACAAAAGAUUUGUCGUCCUCACUCUUGCUUUGCUGGUGUUGGCCUAUGUUCUGGCAAUAGUAAUUCCUAGUAUUUGGUACUUGUUCCAGUUCAUGGGAUCAACUUCUGCUGUCUGUUUAGCAUUCAUUUUUCCAGGUGCAGUUGUGUUGAGAGAUAAACAUGGGAUUAGUACAGGAAAGGACAGGAUUAUAGCAGGGAUUAUGAUAAUUCUGGCAGUAAUUACAAGCACCAUAGCUAUUUCAACCAAUAUAUAUAAGAUGGUUGUAUAAUAUAUAUUGUGUGCUUAUAGUUAUAUAGUGUGAGUGUAUCUUUUAAUUUUAAUUUUUCGUUGGAAUAUGUUGUUGUUAUGAUUAAAUUUAGGACCAAUUAGAUUGAAUUAUUGUAACAAUGAACUCGAUGGAAAUCCUCUUGGUGGAUGUAUAUCAAUAUCAUUGUUCAUAAAUUUUAUUGCAUCUAAUA